AAGCUCGUUAUUCCGUUUUUCUUGCUGCCCAGUGAACGCAACGUUUUAGGUGUCCUUCCAGCUGCCUGAAAAAAUCCGUCGAAGUCCCAAUCAGCGGCGCCGCUUCUGCCCUUCAAAGCUGGACUUUCUCCUCGUUUUCCGAGUCGCGGCGCCAGUCCUGCGUUCUCGUUUUCAUGCCGUUUCUCCGUUAAAUCUGCUCUGCGGUCUCCUCUAACCGGCAGCAAUGCAGGAGCGUCGCGUUUUGUCGAUUCAGAGUCACGUUGUCAGGGGAUACGUGGGGAACAAGUCUGCGGUUUUCCCGCUACAGGUGCUGGGCUUCGAGGUGGACUCCAUCAACUCGGUGCAGUUCUCCAACCACACAGGUUACGCCCACUGGAAGGGACAAGUGCUGACCGCGGAGGAGCUGAAUGUUUUGUACGAGGGCAUCAAGCUCAACAACGUUCACCACUAUGACUACAUCCUCACUGGGUACAGCAGGGACACGUCCUUCCUGGAGACGGUGGUGGACAUCAUCAAGGAGCUGAAGACUGCCAAUCCGGACUUGGUGUACGUUUGUGACCCUGUUUUGGGAGACCAAGGUGCAAUGUACGUUCCUGAGAACCUGCUGCCCAUUUACAAGACCAAGGUGGUGCCUUUGGCAGACAUCCUCACCCCCAACCAGUUUGAAGCUGAGCUGUUAACCGGAAGAACAAUAAAGACGGCCGCCGACGCUGUCCAGGUGAUGGACCUGCUUCAUGACAUGGGUCCAGAGACCGUGGUCCUCACCAGCACAGACCUGCGGUCCAAGCGUGGAGGCGGCUUCCUGGUGGCCCUCGGGAGCCAAAAAAUCAAGAAGGCGGACGGGACGCGCGUCAGCCAGAAGAUCUGGAUGGACAUCCCAAAGGUGGACGCGGUGUUUGUGGGAACAGGAGACCUGUUCGCUGCCAUGCUGCUGGCCUGGACCCACCAUCACCCCACGGACCUGAAGACGGCCUGCGAGAAGACGGUGUCCGUCAUGCACCACGUGAUCCAGAGAACCAUCGCCUACGCCAACGAGACGGCCGGUCCUGGGAAGAAGCCCAGUCCCGCCCAGCUGGAGCUGAGGAUGGUCCAGAGCAAAGCCGACAUCGAGAAUCCCACCAUCGUGGUCCAGGCGGAGGUUCUAGAGACGCCUCUGCACUGAGGGCGGCGCGGCGGUCCGGGCAGUCAGCGGCACACCUGCAGGCUCUCCACCUCCACACUGACUCCUCACGCCUUAAGGACAGGACAGAACCGGCUCUAGAUUCGUCGUUCGUCCUGCCGGUACCACUGCCAUCUGUGUCUGUGCGGUUCCCUGUGUAGACUUCAUCUACGUCAGACUAUCGUGGGUUCAGGAGGGUGUAAAUGUACGUUAGCUUGGUAACCUAGCAACACUCUUCUGCAGACCCGUGACGUGUGCAUGACCUCAGCCCGUGGUCGACGGCGGGACGCAGACGGAGCAUCAAAGCACACUAGAAUAUUAACUGUGAGACCUUUUAGAGCAGAAGCUUCAUCCAUAGUUUUCUUUAACGCCGUACGAAUGCAUGUGACGAGUUCUAAAUCCUCUUUUUAUCAAAGUUUUAUUCUAAUUCUAACAAAUGUUUUACAUUUUAUGCAAAUAUUUGAUUUUUACUAAUCGUAAAUCUAAUUUUUGAUGUCAGAAAUGUUCUAAUAAUGUCUGUAAGUUCCAGAUGUCUUAGAUUGGUGUCCCAACCAUUUCAGAAUGAGGUAUUUGCACAGAUAAUCUGAAAUAAUAUAUUAAGUGAAGAUGGAUGUUUUAAUUUUCGGAGCGUUGUUUGAUCUUGGAGGGAUUUUCUGGCGUUCACAGGAAUGCCGGACACCGUGCUCCUGAAUGUGAAUGUGCUAACAGCGAUCCUCACUCGUGGUGUUAGUCAAAGUGCCAAACCUUCAACUGCUGCUCCGUUACAGAGCAAAUAUAGAAAAAUUAACAAUAAAGGAGUAUCUUUUAAUCAAA